CGCAAAGGAAGCUUCAUCCACAAGCCAGCGCACGGCUGGCUACACCCAGACGCCAGGGUCCUGGGGCCCGGGGUCUCCUACAUCGUUCGGUACAUGGGCUGCAUCGAGGUGCUACGCUCCAUGCGAUCCCUGGACUUCAAUACUCGCACCCAGGUCACCAGGGAGGCCAUCAACCGACUCCAUGAGGCUGUGCCUGGAGUCCGGGGCUCCUGGAAGAGGAAGGCCCCCAACAAGGCGCUGGCCUCCAUCCUGGGCAAGAGCAACCUGCGCUUCGCUGGCAUGAGCAUUGCCGUCAGCAUCUCGACUGAUGGCCUCAACCUCUCUGUGCCUGCCACACGCCAGAUCAUCGCCAACCACCACAUGCAGUCCAUUUCCUUUGCGUCAGGUGGCGACACGGACAUGACAGAUUAUGUGGCCUAUGUCGCCAAGGACCCCAUCAACCAGAGAGCCUGCCACAUCCUGGAGUGCUGCGAGGGCCUCGCCCAGAGCGUCAUCAGCACUGUGGGCCAAGCCUUCGAGCUGCGCUUCAAACAGUACCUGCACAGCUCCCCCAAGGUGGUCGUCCCCCCUGAAAGGCUGACCGGGCUGGAGGAGUCGGCCUGGGGGGAUGAGGAGGACAUGGAGCACAAUUACUACAACAGCAUCCCAGGGAAGGAGCCGCCCCUGGGAGGACUGGUGGACUCCAGGCUCACCUUGACACAGCCCUGUGCCCUCGGGGCCCUCGGAGCUGUCGGCCAGGGAGCAUCUCCUCCUCGAAGAGACACCCAUGGCCUGCACUGGGAGCUGGGCCCCUCAGCCCCGCCAGGGGAUGGCUACGUGCAGGCAGAUGCCCAGGGGCCCCGAGACUACGAGGACCACCUGUACGUCAACACACAGGGUCUGGACGCCUCAGAGCCUCUGCAGCCCGAGGACAGCCCUAAGAAGGACCUGUUUGACAUGCGACCCUUCGAGGAUGCGCUGAAGCUGCACGAGUGCUCCGUGGCCGCGGGCGCAGCAGCCGGGCUCGCCCCAGCUUGCUCUCUGGCGGUGCUGAUGCUGAGACCGUCCCCACAGGUUCGGACGAAGGAUGUGCUGUUUGAGAGCAUCAGCCACCUGAUCGACUACCACCUGCAGAACGGGCAGCCCAUUGUGGCUGCUGAGAGCGAGCUGCACCUGCGGGGUGUGGUCAAGCGGGAGCCCUGAGCCAGGUGAUGGUUCCCGCCUCGGGCUCCGGUCCCUGCUCCCCAGAUGUCCCUGUUGUGGCCUUACCGCCUUUCUCUGGACC